UAUACAUGUACUAGGAGCAAACUAGGUACACAACAACCUAUUCCAAACACAAACAAAUAUUUCACAAUUAAACAAACACUAAAAUGGAUGUAGGAGCCACUGUAAAUCUGACUGAUAUCACAGAGAACGCAGACGAACAGCCCCAAAAUGAGGUUCCAAAACAAACGUCAGUGUCCGAAGCCCUUGACCAGAAAGAGCUAAGCAAGUCGAGAUCCAUUCUACAACCGGGAACAUUAGAAGAAGAAAAUGUAGCUGGGGAGCAGACGGAAGUAAACGGUGGCCGGGCGUCAGUGGUUGUCACGCAGGAAGACUUUAAGCAGAAGAGGAAAGCGGAGCGAAAGCAGCGAAUGAAAGAUAUGGAAGAAAAGCGUUUUAAGAUUCGAGAUUCGAGCGUAUUCUUUGAUGUUACGGCCAUAAAGGAGGGGCGACAGGCCGACGAAGCCGAGGAGGCUGAGGGUGAGGGCGAAGACGAGGGCGAGGGAGAGAGCAAGCGCGAACGCGAUGCCGAGGCAUUUCUCGCGGAACGGAAGCAAGAGGAGAAGUUUAAGGCUCGGCACACAAUGCUGCUGGAGGAGCAAUAUGAGGAGGCGGUGCUCCGUGAAGUGGAGUCUGACGAGGACACCGAAUCCAUUUAUUCGACUUUGUCCACCGUCAGCAUCGCGAAGAGCAUUGACAAGGAUUCGGACACUGUGCAACUCAAGGCGGACUUUCUCAAGGACUUCGAAAUACCCAGUCUGUCGGACAUUUCCGAGGAUGAGGAGGAGGAAAUUUCACAAUUCACCAAAGCGGAAUCCAUCGUCGAGAUGGAGAUAGCCGAUGUGGGCGUCUUUGUGGACCCACUGACCGGCGAGGUUAUAAUCAGCACAAGCUCGACCUCGUCGGAGGAGCCCCUCGUGGAGGAGGAGGCCCUUGACAUGGAAGAAGAACCGGUGGAGUGCCCCGAGAUCACUGAUGAUGACCAGCCAGCCCCGAAAUUUGCCCACGUCGACGAGUCUAUGAACGACUUCGAACAGUUCCGUGAAAUAUUUCUGUCCCAGGAUAUAGAAGAGGAGGAACGAGAGAGCGACGCCAAUGCCCACAAGCACCGAACCGAGGUGCUGAGUAUUAUCCGAACCUUUCUGAAGGAUCUCAUUGACACGCUGGUCCACAAAUCCGAGACCAUCAAUGUGGACCAAUUGAUCAGAUCGCGCUGCGACAAGGGCAAACUAAUGGAGGAGCUCAUCACCGCCACGACCGACUUCUACUUCGAGAAACACGGCCACAUCUUCCUGCAGGCACGGAUCGUCGAGUACUACAAGCGGAACAAGAACAUGCGAGUGUUCUCCCGGCUGUCCCCGAUUGACAAUCGGAACUACAGCAUGCGGUACCUGGAGGCCCUGCAGCAGCUUGAACUUGCGAAGAAACGAUUCGCCACGGCCAAGCAGAUGAGCAGCUUCCUAAUGAGCAAAGUGUACCUGCAACUGUACCACGCACAAGCCAAUGCCACGUGCUCCGAGACGCAUCUGGAGCAGACCGUGCGCCAUUAUCUCUCGGCCCGGGACUCGGAGCCCAUCAAGCGGCUAGUCGAUCGCGGGCUGCGACUUAUGGCUGUCAAGCGGAACGAGAUCAGCGACACGCGUCUCGUCCUCAUCACCAUGAAGCACACUUUGGGUCGUUUGGCCAAUAAAAUCAAGCAGCUGGAACGUGUGGGCGAGGAUCUGUCCAUAAACGAUUUUAUAUCCAUUCAGAAUCAGGUCGUCACUAUGGACAAGAAGAUCGAAGAACGGAAUAUCGAACUGAAGAAGCUGCGCUGCAAGUACCAAGUGGAUCUGCAUUUGAUUCAACACAACCGGGAGAAGGCGCUGGCCCUCGCCGACAAGCUUCAACAGAGCAAGGCUGCCCUGUAUAAGCUGCUGGACAAGCAGCACGAGAUGAGAGAGAAACUUUACCGUGGGAAGGUGAACCGCACAAAGCUCCGCAAACAGCAGAAGGAUCUGUCCUGCCAGGGCGGCAUCCUGACGAUGCCCUCCCUGAUGUACGAAUACGACAACACCGUGGAGGGGCUGCAGGUGAAGCGUGGCAGCGUCUUCAAGCUGCGGGAAACUCUGAAGAACCUCAAUCGUCGCAUACAAGAGUAUGAAUCAUCCUACUCUAGAAAUUCUCGAGCCAUGGCGUGUUGGUUUAUUUUUACCACCUCCUUGGCCCGCGGCGUCGGACAGGAGGGAGGACUCCUCUGCUCUUUUUUUAAUUAA